UUUGUUUUAUAUAUAAAAAUACCAUUUAGGUGAAUGUACAGAGAACGUUUUCAAAUUAACAAUUUUUGUGAUCGGUGACCUCUUUUUCUAUUUUUCAUGCUCGAAUAAUCAUCUUGCCGUCUAAAUGUGACACACUUUCCAAAUUUUCAUUUACAAAAAAUGGCAAAUGCACAGCCCGAGGAACACGAAUAUUUUCCGAGAACCGGUCGAGUUAACGAAAUGUGCAGAGAAUGGGUGGUAAGAGAAGACGGUGCCCUGGCCCAUCACUUACAAAGUCAAGAGAUAAACGAGCACCUGCAAGGUAAUCGCUUUCGGAAUGCACUUGUACGCGAGGAUUUCCCACACGCGUUAGAUGAGCAGUUACGCGAGCAACAGCUUGCCGAACAGGCUGCGGCUGUUUAUCAUCAAAUGCUCGCCGAACAGGAAGAGAUAGACACGAUGUACGCACAGAAGUUAGCCGAUAAUUUGGAAAGGGAGGAACGGUCACGAAGGCGUGUGCUUGAAUCUCACGAUGACAUGUUCGUUCGUCAGCUGUUGGAUGUGAGCCGUUCACCCACCUCACGCAUUCACCAGUCUGAGGAGAUAACCACUGCAUCGAAAACGUACAGAGUGGACACCCCCCCACAUCAGUCCCAUCAACGAAACUCUGACCAUUUGUCAUCACCACAAAGGCCUGAAAAGAGUCGUCGUCAAGCGUUACCAAUGCCACUGCCGGAUAAUAGCAAUUACUCAGAGCCAUGCACAGAUGCCGAACAUGGUGCUGUAGGCGAUAAUUAUCUUUACAUUGAACCGUACAAACCCGCAGAUCUGAUUAAUCAGCUUGAUCGCAUCGAAAUUGCCGAGCUAGGUUUACCAUUAGAAGAAAUUAGUGAACGUGAAAGGCAGCAGUUGAAGGACGAGCAAUUAGCCCGUGAAUUACAAGAACAAGAGAACAAUAGCGAACAGUCACAACUCAACCGCGAUCGUAUGCUGGCGAUUGAAGCUCAAGACAAAGAAUUAGCAAAAUUGUUACAAGAACGGGAACGUCAAAAAGCGAAACGUGCGAGAGAACGUGCCAAACAAAAGGCGCUUGCGAAAAAACAAGCCCAGGUCCAAGAUGCGCAUCAAAUUAUGCCCGACGAUUCCUAUUCCCAUCCCGCCGAUUUACUACAACCACCUCAGAAUGUAAAUAUGAUUCACACUCGUACCGAUUCCCUACCAGUCGACGACGACUUAAAUUACAGCUUUCCAGCCGACUUGGUCUCGCACAAACUCGAUCACAACUUAAAACAAAAUUAUUCGCCACAAAAAAGCUUUCAGCGCGACACGAAAAUUUUAAACUGCCCCGACAACCCCCCGGAUAACAGUCAACAAUCCUCACCUGCGAGACCCACUCAGCUGGAUUUAAAAUCGUUAAACUAUCCGAACAAGACGAGGUACUCUGAGGUGCAAGCGCACCUUCAAUCGUCGGCGCAACAUACGAACAUUGCGAUGGCCAUCGAUCCCACGUACAAUCGUCGAAGUCAACACUUGGUGCCUUAUUACGAUACCUCAUCGAGCACGGUUACCACGAGCACGUCGAGCAGUAGUCCCGGCAUGCUGCUGCCCCCUCCAGAUCUACCGGAAGAAGACGACAGUCCCAUUCCUCCCUACAUGCCGAUUCAGGGACAGCGUCGCACUUCGUCUUUAGAAAAGAAAACCAAGAAGAAGGCAAAGGACGGUUGUAAGCAACAAUGAGACUGUUGGAGGCGAAGCAACUCAUGGGCACGUAGGUAUUUAGUGCCUUACCUUAAACACCAAAUUGCUGAUUUAGUUUACAUUUUAAUGAAACAGUACUGAAUCAAACUGUGCCAUUAUUGCAUUUGUAGCAUAAUGCAUGGCAUAUCAAAAUAAUCUCAAUAUAAUAACCAAAAAUAUACAAUUUACCUAAUUUUAUAUUUUUAUAUUUACGGUGUAGGACAGUAUGUAUAUAGGAGAUACCAGUGUGUUUAUAUAAAUAUAUUUUUUCCAUUACA